CGCCAAUUCACCGGCUUCACUCGUAACUGCUUCAAACCAGAGAAAUAUGUCUACUAUUUAAGAAAUUGAUGAAUAAAUCAGACUAUCGGCUGCAUAGUAAGCUAGCGUUUUAGAGGCAGAUUCAUAUCAGGUUACGGUUGUUGUAUUUUUCGUUUUGUAGUCCACGUGGGCUGCAUUUGUCCAUGACACUGUGCGCCAAAGCGACGCAGAUUUGUUUGUGUUCUAGUUAUUAUCAGUGGUGAAGCUCCAAAUACAGCAGCUUUGUGUAGUUCUGCGAAAUCUUAGAACCAGAAUGAAGUGUCACUACGAGGUGUUGGAUGUUGAAAGAGACGCGACGGACGACGAUCUCAAAAAGGCCUAUCGAAAACUAGCCUUGAAAUGGCACCCAGACAAGAACCUUGACAACGCAGACGAGGCAGCAGAGCGGUUUAAGCUGAUUCAGGCUGCAUAUGAUGUUCUGAGUGAUCCUCAAGAAAGAGCCUGGUAUGAUAACCACAGAGAUGCACUGCUCAAAGGUGGGGUCGGUGGAGACUACCGGGAUGACAGUAUUGAUCUUUUGCAGUACUUCACUGUCACCUGCUACUCUGGUUAUGGAGAUGAUGAGCAGGGCUUUCAUACUGUGUACAGAAACCUUUUUGAAUCUAUAGCAAAGGAAGAGAUUGAGCACAGUAAAGAUGUGGAAGAUGAUGAAGACGAUUUUCCGUCCUUUGGAGAUUCACAGAGCGACUACGACACUGCGGUCCACUUGUUUUACGGCUUUUGGCAGAGUUUCUGCACACGCAAAAACUUUGCAUGGAAAGAAGAAUACGACACACGGCAGGCGACUAACCGUUGGGAGAAGAGAGCAAUGGAGAAAGAGAACAAGAAAACCCGGGACAAGGCCAGAAAGGAACACAGCGAACUUGUACGCCAACUAGUGGCCUUCGUCCGCAAGCGCGACAAGCGAGUUCAGGCUCAUAAGAAACUUGUGGAGGAGCAAAACGCAGAGAAGGCCAAGAAAGUAGAAGAACUGAGGAGGAAACAGAAGCUCAGUCAGGCCAAGUUGGCGGAAGAUUAUAAGGAGCAGAAGUGGGCUGCCAUGUCUGAGCUUGAGAAGGAACUGCAGCAGAUGGAAGCUCAGUAUGAUCAACAGUUUGGAGAUGUUUCAGAGAGUGAAGAAGAGGAGGACGUGGAGGCAGGUGAAGAUGGGCUGGAGGGGCAAGAUACAGAGAAUGGAGAUGCUGCCGUAGAGAUGGACGAUUACUAUGACGAUCUGUAUUGCCCUGCCUGUGACAAAUCCUUUAAAUCUGAUAAAGCCAUGAAGAACCACGAGAAGUCUAAGAAGCACAGAGAGAUGGUGGCAUUGCUACGGCAACAGCUGGAGGAGGAUGAUAAAUCACUGGGUCAGAACUCCGCAGACAGAGACGAAGACGAGGAGGAUGAGGAAGAUGAAGUCAAUGACACGCCGAGACAAAAAUUGUCUAAAAGGCAAAAGAGGAAAAAGCGGCAACAAAGAACAGUAAAUAAUCUCCCCGAAGAGCCAGAAGGUCAAAGUCCAAUCCCACAGUCCACAGAGGAGGGCCCAUCUCCCGAGUCAGAUUCAGGCAACAACAAGGACGCCCCUGUUCCCUCUGAGGACGCAGAUGAGAAUCCAAAACCAGAGGGAUGUGAACCCACAACUCAAAAAAGCUCUGCGAAGACAAAAGCAAAGAAAGGCGGGAAAGACUCGAACAACAAAGCUCACGGGGUUGCUGAAGUUAAGCAAGAGAAGGAAGUCAAUCUACGCUGCGUCACAUGUCAGUAUGAAUUCCCAACCAGAAACAAACUUUUCGAUCACCUGAAGACCACGGGUCACUCCACUGCGCUCUCCUCCAACAACGCUGCCCAAACAAGCAGGAAAAAGAAGGAAACAAGGAAGAACAGAUGAUCGGGAGCAAAACUAGACUGAAGCUCCUCCAGACUACAUUUUCUUCCAUGAAAACCUCUACUGAACAUUGUUGUAGAGAGGUGUUUCUGUCCAUACAGGAGUGGAUUUGUGCCCUGUGGGCUGAACUAUAUUGUAAUGCACCGUUUGCCCAAAGAUUUCUUCAUAACAGACAUAUAUUCAUUCAGAUCAUAACUACGGCAUUCAGAGGUUUGCUGGUACUUCUGAGCCAUCGACUUUAUGUAAAUUAGAUUUGGACAGACUUACUCCUUGUUUUUAGAGAAUUAAGAAUGAUUUUCUUGCUGCUGAAGUUGGCGUGUUUUAUUCCACAUGUUUGUGUCAUUUCAUAGUAAACAAUCUAGAUUGGACAUAACCUGCAAAGAAACGGUGUGAGAAAUAAAAUUCCACAGUAUGUGCUCAACAUA